AUGUUGGAAGCUUAUUCACCAAGAAAUGAGACCGUAGUCACUCUAAUUAGAGACAAGAAGAAGUUUGAGUACUUCACACCAAAUGAUGUACUUGGGAGGAUUUUGACAUUUGAUAUGCAAAGAGAAGAAGCAAAUGAAAGAAAGAAGCUUGGUGAGCUGCAAGCAAAGCUAGAAGGCAUCAAGAUCAACGAUGGUGUAGCUCUCAAAGCCAACAAGUCAACCAAGCGACCCUCUACAAGCAAGUCCAAGUCCAACAAGAAAGCAUCAACUAGCAAGCCCAAAGCACCAAAGCAAGUCAAAGAAGUAGAGACAACAUCAUCAUCAAGUGAAGAUGAAAGUGAUAGUGAACAAUAUGAGAAAGUGAAAGAUGUUGCUCUCUUUUUGAGAAGAUAUCAAAAGGGACUCAAAAAGCAAGGCUACAAGGUAGUGAAGAGGAAGUUCCCAAACAAGAAGAAGAGACUAUGCUACAAUUGUGGAAGCACAGAACAUCUCAUUGCUCAUUGUCCUCAUGAAAUCGAAGACAACAAUUACAAGAGAGAUAAGAAAGAGAGCAAGAUCGACUACAAAAAGAGCAAAAGACACAUGGGAGAGGCUCACAUUGGACAUGAAUGGGACUCAACAAAAGAUAGCUCAAGUGAGGAGGAUGAGAAGAUUGCAACUGUGGCUAUUCACAAGCCAUCCUCCACACCAAGGCUCUUCAACAACAUGUUUGAUGAUGACUACUACUCCCCUCACAUUUGUCUUAUGGCAAAGGGUGAGAAGGUAAAAUCCAAAUCCAAGCCUUCUCCCCCUAGUGACACAUCUAGUAGGGAUUUAAGUGAUUGCUCUAGUGAUGAUGUGUCUAGUGAUGAAGAAAUUGAUAACAUAACUAAAAAUUUGGAUAGCAAGACCAAACUGUUCAUAACUAAGCUAAUGGAGGAUUUAGAGAGUGUUCAAGCUGAGUUAGAAUCUAGUGAAGAGACUCUUAUCAAACAAGAGAACCUCUACAUUGCUAGCAAGGAAGCUCUUGCAUUAGAUUGA